AUGGCUAUCGCACAUUCAUUGCGUUUGUACUUUGUCGCUGUGUUGCUCCUCCUCGUGUCAUGGGCAGCCGGCACAUCACCCUCCACCGACCUCGACCAGGAGUUAGUUGCGCGCCAAAACAAUUCGACCUCCGCAGGCAACCCUUCGUCGACUUUCUACUACUCCCAAGCCCACGAUGACGGGUAUAUCGCAUUCACAGUCGCCGCGAUCCAAGAGUCUGGCGACCUCUAUUUCCGUCUGUCCGCCCCGGCCGUAUACAGUUGGUUUGCAAUCGGCACGGGAAGCCGGAUGAAGGGCAGCCUGAUGUUCAUCAUCUAUUCCAGUGCCAAUAAGACGGGAAUCACCGUCUCACCACGACGAGCCUACGGCAAUAGUGAGCCUAUCUAUGACAGCUCGAUACAGCUCGACAUCAUUCACCCCGAUCCAGGGCAAGCGCAUGCGAACGGCAUAUCCGGGGACCAAUAUUUCCUUACGGCGCACUGUAAAUCGUGCCUGCGAGUCCCCGAUCCAUGGAUUGACUUGACGAAGAAGGACCAGAGCUGGAUCUUUGCUUUAGGAGUUCCUGGAUCCCGAUAUGCGAUGAAUACGGACGAUAAAUCCGCGCCCCUUCGCCGGCAUGAUUCGUUUGGUAGUUUCACCAUGGACAUGGUCGCUGCCUCCACGCAGAGCGACGACGACGUCGAUAUCCCCCCGUUAGGGACCGCGCCACAAGGGGCUCAAAUGGUUGGCUCUCUGCAUGAGGAUUUUAACCAAGCGAGCUGGGCGCAUGGUUCGAUCAUGUGUGUCGCUUUUCUCAUUGUGUUCCCGAUGGGGAUUAUUGCUGUGCGGAUCAUGGAGCGGGUGAAGCUGCACAUGUGGCUGCAGGGCUUUGGUUUAUUCCUCUCCCUCUGCGGAAUGAGCGUUGGCAUCUACUUGACCCCAUUGUUCAAUCGGAGCAAACAUUUCUCAGCCCACCAAAUCAUCGGCGUGAUAGUCAUGGCUUUUCUCUUCACCCAGUUCGCCAUUGGAUUCCUCCAUCACCGCAAAUUCAUGCGCACCGAACAGACCACGCCCCUCAUCAAGAUCCACAAGCUGGCUCUCGGUCCGGUCACCCUCCUCCUUGGCCUCGCCAACGCCGGUCUCGGCUUCGCCUUCGCGCAAAAUUCCUUCUACCUCAUCCCGUACAUCGUCAUCCUGGUGCUCGUCGCGCUCGUCUUCGCAGCCACGACGGGGUGGAAGUUCUUCCGCGGAAAACGAGGACCCAAGGGCGCCAGACCGGGUCCGUACCCCUCCGGACCACAGCCACCUCCCUAUGAGACGGGCAAUGGAGAGGGCCACGGACGGCCGCCCCAAGAACAGGGGAUCUACGGAGGGUCGGGGGCGGGGUUGGCGGCGGGGGCUUCGCCAUACGGCGGCGGUUAUACCAGCUUCAACGCUACGAGAAGUGACAUACAGUUGGGUAAUAUGCCGAGCCAUGCGAGUGUACGAGAGGAAGACAUGCAGCCGACUCAGCCAAGACCGAUGGUUUGA